AUGGUCAAUAUCCGUCGCAUCGUCCUCUCCUUGACAGCUCUGCUGCCCCUUACUUCUGCAGCCCCAACUCAGAAGCAGCAGAAGCGUGAGGUCAUCCCGGGAAAGUAUAUCGUUACCCUGAAGGACAGCGCCAGUACCAGUGAUGUAGAGUCUCACUUGGGCUGGGUCCAGAGCGUCCAUGCUCGUAGCUUGACUAAGAGACAAACUGCUGGCAUCGAAAAGACCUACAGCAUCAAUUCAUGGAACGCUUAUGCUGGCGAGUUCGAUGAUGCCACCAUCGAGGAGAUUAAGGCCAGCGCUGAUGUCGUGGAUGUCGAAGAGGACCAAGUUUGGCACCUCUUCGAUCAACCCAGCAAUGUUGAGCUUGCCCCUCGUGCUCUGGUCACCCAAACAGGCGCAACCUGGGGUCUAGGGACGGUGUCCCACCGUACAUCAGGCAGCACGACCUACAUCUAUGACUCCACCGCCGGCACUGGCACCUAUGCCUAUAUUGUUGACACUGGUCUAUUGACCACUCACAACGAGUUCGGCAGCCGCGCUUCGUAUGGCUACAACGCUGUUGGCGGGUCCAACGUCGAUAGUGUUGGCCACGGGACUCACGUCGCGGGUACCAUUGGCGGCACGACAUACGGUGUUUCCAAGUCGACAACGUUGAUCGCCGUGAAGGUUUUCGAAGGGGAGUCGAGUUCGACCAGCAUCAUCCUUGACGGGUUCAACUGGGCUGUGAAUGACAUCACCAGCAAGGGCCGCGCAUCCAAGUCUGCCAUCUCCAUGUCUCUUGGUGGGGGUUUCUCUUCGUCGUUCAACAGCGCUGUCAACUCGGCAUACAGCUCUGGUGUGCUUUCGGUCGUCGCGGCCGGCAACGAUGGCGCCAACGCCGCCAACUACUCACCUGCAUCGGCUGCCAAUGCCGUCACCGUCGGAGCCAUUACCUCGACCUGGAGCCAGGCGAGCUAUUCCAACUAUGGCAGCGUGCUCGAUGUCUACGCACCAGGUUCCAGCGUGCUCUCGGCCUGGAUCGGCUCAAACACCGCCACCAAUACUAUUUCCGGCACCUCUAUGGCGACACCUCACGUUACUGGCCUGGCUCUGUACUUGAUCGCGCUCGAGGGUCUCAGCACGCCUGCCGCUGUUAUCGCCAGAAUUAAGGCUCUGGCUACCAGUGGCUCGAUCACCAGCCUCGGCAGCGGCUCGCCCAACCUCAUCCUCUACAACGGAAACGGCGCCUAG